AUGCAUGCCAGCGUACUUAUCUCUCAAAUGAACGUCGUUACAGUUUCGUUUGUGAAGAAUCCUCAUACGAACUUGGACGAGGCUGCUAUUGCUUUGGAAACCCGACUGAUGAAACUAAGGACUAAGCCGGAUCCAUUCUUUGAACGUGUGCCACACUCGCUCUCACCACCAUUGUCACCUCUUUUCCCGUCGUGGACGCUUACAUGCAUAGGUCUCAAUAACGACUACACGCACUCUCAUGGUCUCCGUGAUAAGCCGAAUUUGAAGUUGGGUGGAGAAUACCGCUAUCCAGUCAAUGUGUAA